UUAGAGGCUGGUGGGCCCCUCAGUCUUCCUCCGCCCUGCCCCGUCCUCCCUUCCCCGCCGCCGCUCGGGAGCUUCAGGCGAGCGCUGCCUGGCCAUGAUGCUGCCCGCAGCCGGCCCCAACCCCGCGCAGACUUGCGCGGCCGUGCUCGUCGCCGCCGUGCUCCUGCAGUCCGUCUGUGUGGCCGUCACCUUCCUCUACUUCACCAACGAGCUCAAACAGCUCCAGGACACAUACUCGAAGAGCAACGUUGCUUGUCUUACUGGGGAGGAAAUCGGAGAUUUCAUCCAAAAGUUGGAUCUAGUUGAAAGUGAAGACAAAGUGGCUGAUCCCUGCUGGCAAGUAAAGUGGCACCUGGGAAAAUUAAUUAAAAAGAUGAUGUCAAGCAGCUAUGAGGAAAACAUAUCUGCAGUUAAUGCUGAAAGAGCCAUGACACUGCCGCACAAUGACAGGCAGCAGCCACUCGGCCCCAUCAACAGGAUCGCGGCACAUCUGACAGGCAACAGCAAUAGGAAGAGUUCCCUGUCACCACGCAUAGAUUCCGUGGCCAGAAAAGGGAGCGGACAAAAAAUAAGCAACUGGGAAUCAUCAAGGAAAGGCCAUUCUUUCCUUUACAACGUGGAGCUGAGAAAUGGCGAGUUAGUAAUACCCCAAACAGGCUUUUAUUACAUCUACUCACAAAUUUAUUUUCGUUUCCGUGAAAACGAGAAUGAGGAUUCAGAUUUUUUGGCACAAAUCAGGAAUCCCAAGCAGCUUGUGCAAUAUGUUUACAAACUGACAAAUUACCCAGAACCCAUUAUGCUCAUGAAAAGUGCGAGAACAAGCUGCUGGUCUAAAAAGGCGGAAUAUGGACUUUAUUCCAUCUACCAAGGUGGAGUGUUUCAGCUGAAAAAAGAAGACAGGAUUUUUGUCUCUGUCAGUAAUGGUGAUAUAGUUGACAUGGACAAAGAAGCAAGUUUUUUUGGAGCCUUUCUGAUUGGUUAAACGGUGAAAAUCAUGCUCUGAAGGAGCCAUUUUUCUGUGUCAGGAUCAGCUUAAAAUUCUCUAAACCAGGGAAUAAUAAGCAAGCACUGUAGCAAUAACAACAAUACCAGACUCCCCUUUCUUAGCUCACUCAUUGCAAAGUCUGAGCAUGCCAAAUACUCUCCCACCAGACAGGAAGGAGCAGCCGCAGGAGAUGGUGCUGUUUUGGCAGGCUCCACUGCCUAGCCAGGCUGGGAACAUGCAAGGAUGUCACACCACAGAUAAUACCUUUGGCCAGAACCCCGGGCAGGUAGGUGCUCACCACCACCUCCGCAGAAGUGCUCCACGCCAGCUCAGUCACAGCAGGUGGGAUGGAGGAUGCUCCAGGUCUAGUUACUCAAGGGUGAGACUGGGCAUCAAAUUUUAUUUGUGGUCUCUGUUGGGAUACCAUCUUGAAUAUCUCAGCUCUGGUAAGAAGCCUUUGUAAGUACUGCUUCCCAGAUGCCUCUGUAAUUACUCUGGAAGUUUUUGUUUGAACCUGAGUUUUACAAAAGUUGAAAGUCCAUCAGAAAUGCAAAGUGCACACCUUCAUCUCAUCUAACCACUUAAGCACCUAAUCAGUUUUAAGUACAUGAGCAGUAGCGACUAAAUCAGGGUAUUUACAUGCUUGUAAUUAAAUAUGUGCUUAAGCAGUUUUCAGAAUCAUGGCUUGAGUAAACACAUUAGCCUGUCUUAAUCAGGAUAUUGUACAUAAAACAAGCUGCUGAAAUGGCACAGAAGAGGUUUUGAAAUCAAUCAGUAUUUUGAUCAGCACAUUACAAUAGUGCCUAUUUACUUAAUUGCUGUGCUGCAAAGAUUUCACCAGGCUUCCAAUAGGUUCAGUAAUGUACUUGCUGUUGCACUUGUUGACAGCAAGUACUUGAUCCAGGAAAAAAAAAGGUGUUUUUCUGUAAAUAUUGAAUUUUAUUAGACAUUUGCCACAAAUUAAGCAUGACAUGGUUCUUCCACAUUUAUUUGUACUGGUUUGUAUUUGGUAAUACGUAAUGCAGUAUAACACACCCUGAUUACUAAUAUUUUGCCGAAAACAAACAGAACUAUCUAUACUUAAACAAGAGCUGCAUAUUUAGGUAACGCUCUUUUGAUUUUAUUUUAUUUUUAGGAAUGGGUGGAAAAUUUUCAUGGUUUUUUUUAUAACCAUUAUUUUUUUAAGAAAUGGCACUAUUUUUUAACUCUGUGAGUCAGAAUAUUUUAUAUAAAAAAAUAAAGGAAAAAAAAGAUUUGCAAGUGUAAGCUGUGGACUAGGUGCACAGAAGUUAAGUAGCAUAAAUCAGCACAUGCACGGCAUUGCCAGUGAAGUGAUACCACUUUGCAUUUUGCCCAGACUCAGAGAAAACUGGGGAAAAAAAAGAGGUGAAAGUGUAAAAAAAAAAAAAAUAAAAAAUUGAGGGAGAGGGAGUCAGUUGUUCUGCAAAAGUUACUUUACAUCAACAGAAUGAUGCCAGGAAAAAGUCUGGUUGUCUAUUUUUUUAAUACACAAAGGUUGCCGUGGGAACCCUGACAUUCACCUCCACAUUCUGAUAAUUAAAUCACUGUACAGCCUUUGCAUACGAGCCUUAUGAGUAAACAUGCAUCGUUCAUCUUGCUACUUUGUCAACAAGAGAAUAUGAAUAGACAGAAGCCCCUGAGUUAAUUUUGUCAUUGAGAAAAGCAAGUACAUCAGUUCACUUAAAUACCUGUGUUGAGCAGCAAUAGAAGAAUUUCAGGAAUAACUCUCUUUAUGACAGGUUAAGUAACACACUGCCGUAAGCCUAAAAUGAUGAGGUUUGACUUUGCCUACUGUUCUAACAUAGCAUCAUGGAUACUGUGUUCAGUGGUAAUCAACUAUGUGAAAUUCUUCAUCUUUUACUGGAACACUUCAGUUUGACUCAUUCUCAAAUCGUGUUUCAACAGAGAACAAAAUAUUUCUACUGUUUUCCUCCUGAUUCCAGCAUGCCUGCCCUGAAAAAGCUGGGAAGAACAAAGCCAUUCUCUGCAUAUCUGGAUGUCUGCUCUGUUCAUGACUUUUGUAAGUUCUCCUUGCAAACAGAUCAGGCUUUUUGAUCUCAGCACAGGAUUGACCCACGUUAUCAUUUUUGAGGCGGUUUUUAGCAAUUUAUUGUAUUAAAAAGUUGAUUUGAUUUUUAAAUGUUAAUUUAGGUGCUUAUUUGAAAGAAAUUGUAUUUGAACUGUGAAAAAGUAUUUUGGAUUUACUGGUGGCAGCUUCGACCUAGAAACCCUCCCUAUGGCUAAGACCAGUUUGUGUAACAUAGGAGUUGUGCCUGCUAGAAAGGACUGGAAGGAAACCAGUGGGGACUCUACGAACUUGCAGCUGAUGCUAAGACAAACUGUCUAUUACACAUAGAUUUUUUUGCUCCAUCUUCUUUCCUCAACUCUUGGUAUAUAACACCAUGCCUGCUGUUGCUUGGGGAAUGCUCUGUGGUAUUGCCUUCCUUUUUUAUCUAAAUAUAUGUAUUAUUGGUCUCUGCCUGCAGAGCGUAUCGCAGUAGGAAUCACACCAAAUAAUCCCAUUUUAUUUCUGAACAAUCAAAAGGCAUGCUUGCCUUAUCCUGGGGAGAGGUGAUCAAGCAAUAUCAUACAGGACACAUUUGAAGAUGAGUGGAAAGAUACAGCAACUUCCGUGUACAUUUGCACCCUGAAUCAUACUUUUCAUCUCACUUUAUGUUGAAUGGCGAAUGUAGCAAAUUUUUAUUUGUGGAUGUAGGUUGUGGUAAUGUGUACAGAUUGUAAUUUUUCUACAUGCAUUUUAUAUAAAACAUUUUUAUUAAAAAGU